GUAAACUGUGAUAAGAUACAAACUGUUAUAGAAUGGAGGUUAUAUUCUCCUUGUAUAAUUGAUCGCUACGAACACUAUUACCUGGCUAUGAAAUGAUAAUAUUUAAUGUUAAGUUCAGCGUGAAAGGUAUCAAGUGAUCCUCAAAAUUAGUAUACAAAACACUCACUCGAGGUAAACAUGACGUCGUUUUUAACUGACGUGUUGAUCACAGCAGGCAAACUCGAAAAAGUUAAUUUGAACGAAAAGAUAGCAGAAAUACAGAAGGAGAUAACGAGACUAAAGUAUGACAUCAAGGAUUUUAUGGAUGAUAAUUAUACAGCAUUUACGUCAAAGCUUACGCGAGAUCAGCAUCUGGUGACAAAAGGAGAAAAAUUGCUAGAAGAAAUGAAUGUACUACAAAAGAGAAUAGAUGAUCAGGUUAAAAUAGAAUUAUCAGGUUCCACAAAAGAACUAAAAACCCUUUCGCAAGCCCUGAAAGAGUCCAACAUGAUGUUACAGCUCUCCAAUCAACUUUUGACUCUACAUGAAUGCAUUAAGUCUAUAAAAAAUUAUCAGGACGAGAAACGAUAUGGCGAUGUAGCUAAAACGUUAGGUCGCAUGCAGACAAUAUUGUACAGUCCACAAAAUGAUUUACACGAUCUCGAUAUUUAUACAGCUCUUGAGGGUGAAUACAUUAAUCUGUACACGUCGUUUCUAUCCAAUGCAUCUUUGCUGUUAAAUGAGCGAAUCCACUGGACUGGCAUUGAAGAUCAAAACUCAAAGAUUGUUACAUUAAGUGUCAAGGACGAUUUCGAUGACAUGCACGAUUUAAUACAAGGCCUACAUUAUAUCGACAACCUUUCCAGUCAUCUACACGAAUUCGCGACCAUUCUUAUGAACUACGUAAUUGCCCCUAUUAUUAACGACGAAUGUUCCGUGUACGUCGUCAACGAAAAAGUCUUCACCGUCGAAAUAAUGAACAGAAAGAAAUCGCCUAGUUACAAAAGCGUGUUCUACAAUUUAGAAUUGUUGUUCAAGUUUCUUCAUCAACACUUCAAUCUAGCAAUAUACGACAACGAAACCUUCCUGAAACAGAUACAACCACACUUACUGGAUCGACUAUCGGCGAUGCUAAUGGCCGACUGCAUCUCGCAUAUCGCUCCAACGUCCAGCACGGAUUUGAAAAACUUCGCGCCAAUUGUUAAAGAGAUCGAUGAUUUUCAAUAUUUUUUAGUCGAAAUAGGCUUCAUUACGAACAAUCAACUGUUCCUCUCGGAAUAUACGAAAAAUAUCGACAAGUUGUUCAUCGAGAGGAUUUGUCAAGAUUUACUGGCAAAGGCGCGAAGCAUUAUGAAAAAAGAUUUGCAUGAUUGUAUCAUGUACGAGCCACAGGAGGUGCUCGAAUUUACAGAAGAUUCAUACAACAGCGAGAUAAAAGUAGGCUCGAAACUGAGUGAUAAUACAUUCCAACUCCCUAGAUGUCAAAUAAGCAAAAGUGCGAAAGAAACAGUUGACCUCGCACGGAGCAUUUUGGAUGAGGCAUGCGAAACAGAUGCCUGCGCCAUCAGAUUGUUUUAUACCUGCAGGAAUAUUUUCGAAAUGUAUUCAGGAUUGGUGCCUGAACAUCAUCGAAAAUUUUUAGAAACAAUACCGCAACAAGUCGCUGUAUUUCAUAACAAUUGUAUGUAUCUUGCACAUCAACUUCUUACGUUGGCUCACGAAUAUAGGGACAAGCUACCGACAUCUAUACAAAAUUACAAUUUAACUUUCGCCGAUCAAAUAUUGAUAUUACGAAACGUCGGAUCAGCGUGUUUCUUAGAACAUAUGAAGUACCAACGAAAUAUUAUCUUUGACAUUCUCAAGGAGUCUGGUUUAUCGGCACUGGGUCAAACUACUGAGUUGCAACCCAAUACAGAGCGUGCGCUGCGACAAUGCAUUAGACAACUAGAACUACUAAAAACAGUUUGGCUAGAUGUGUUACCUGUUAAUGUUUAUUGCAGAGCUGUCGGAUGCAUCAUGAAUUCCAUGAUUGAAGAUUUAAUAAUAAAAGUAAUAUCCGUCGAAGACAUUCCUGCUGAUGAUGCAACUGAAUUGGUGACAUUAUUCAAUAUGAUCGUCAAACGUGCACCAAUAAUAUUUCCAGAUCCUCAGAAAAUCCAUCAACAUGUACGCAAGUGGGAAAAGUUCUUGGAAUUGAUUAAAGUACUUGGCGCAUCACUGAAAGAAAUUGAAGUUAGGUGGGGAGGCGGCAAAGGACCAUUAGCGCGUGAAUUUACAGCUCCUCAAGUUAAACAAUUAAUUAGAGCACUAUUUCAAAAUACUGAACGAAGGUCCAAUUUGUUAGCUUCUAUAAAAUAACAUUAAAAACGCACAAGUUUAUAAAAUGGACUGAAUUUUCUGCAUUUAUUAUUAUAGUAAUCAUUAAUAUUAACGAUAUAAUUAACAUGAAUAUAUAUAUAUAUAUAUUCGCAUUAGUUAUGUAUUACCAAAUUAUAUUGAUAAUAUUAGGAUACCAUCUUUCAUUUAUGAUCUUUUCCUUUUAGUUCUAAAUUUAUAUUGUAAUACUUACGUAUCAAGUUCCAUGUGUUGUUGAAAACUACACAUUCGAAUAAUUAUUGUAUUUUUAAUAGAACGUAAUCUUUUAAAAAUUGUCAUUUACAAUUUUUUAAUAAAUUUUUGAAUGAAUCUCCCAAUAAUAAAUAUAAAUUUUUAACAGUAUUGUAACGACCACUCGCGCUUUAUAAUUAUUGCGGCAAAAAAUUUUCGACAUUUUUUUUUUAUCCUGAUUCGAGAAAAUAAACCAGUAAAUAUCGUAAACUUUAAUAAAGUAGGCAAGCAGACAGACAGGCAGGCAGGCAGGCAGGCAGGGUGGCGGGCAGUAGUGAGAGCAAAUCAUUUAAUAGAUUUCCAAUUCCAUAUCAUUUACAGCAAUGGCAAACAUUAUUACCAUAAUUUCAGUAUUUUUCAUUUGAGUAUCCACAGUGAUAAACGCUCAAAAAUGUCCAAAUGCAAUACUAUCUCUGCACAUAUAUUUCAAGGCCAUACUUCAGAUCAUAAGUAAUGAAUUAAUUUUGCAGCUCUUUAAUCGUGAGUUCACAUUGGUGUAUAAAAGUUCUUAAGGCAAAGCUGCACAAUUAAGUAUAUACGAGCAGUAGUGUGCAUUUGGUUAAAAUUGCGCAAAUUUUCCUCGUUUUAUUUCAUUUUUUAAAAUAAAAGUAUUACUAUUCGUUAAACAAUAAGUACGUUCGUAAUAGAUGAUAUAAAAGUAUCGACCAUUAUAUUGGAACCCCCAUAGAACACAUGUUAACGUUAAAAGAAACAAAAA